AGGAUGCCGAAAAGUCUCUCGGUAUUAGUAUUAUUCAACCUAUAAAUGGAGCAAAUAUUUGGCCUCCCAUGCUUCUUGUAUAUAAUCAUAUCAGAGGCUCAGAGCCAACCACAGAGAGAGAGAGAGAGAGAGAGAGAGAUGGGGUUUGGAGGUACUCAGCUGUGCUUGUGUCUCUUGCUUGCCUUUGCUGUAAUAUCUUCAUCUGCUCGGAACACCAUUCUAUUUUCAGGUGAUGAGGUGGUGGUGGCCAUGGAGAUGGAGGGUAGGUCUUUGAGGGUGACGACAAAUGACUACAACGACCCAACUGCCAAUCGUGGGCAUGAUCCCUCCCCCGCCUCUUCAAGAGUCAAAUCCAGAGGAGACGGCGGCCGGAAGGGCUAAAGCCUAAAAAUGUAAUAUAUUGCUUGAAAAGGCUAUUAUAUUGCCUCAUGUAUAACAUGCUUUCAUUUUUUUUUUUCCAUUGGGUGCACCCAAGUUAUAUCUCAAAUAAAAAUUGUACUCAAAAUA